GGCUGUUUGGCUUCACCAUGGAGCGUCCGGAGACCAGAGAACGCAGCUCGUCGCCCGGGCAACCAGGGAGGACAAAACCCUCUUGGGGUGGUGGCGGCGGCGGCGUAGCGGAUGCGAUGAUGUCCAACCCAGAGCACGGCCUUCCCUUUCUCCCGGGCACGUCUUUUACGGACUCCACGAAAACAGCAUUUCAUAGAAGCCAGACACUGAACUACAGGCAUGGCUAUGCAAUGGCUCGUCGUCCAACCGUUGGGAUAGGCGGGGACCGGCUCCAGGUCAACCAGCUGUCUCAGGCUGACCUGGAUGAGUUGGCCAAUAAGGCACCACUUCUAACAUACGGCGAACCUAAGCCGGCCGCACCUCCAAAUUUUAUUCCUGCACAUGUGGCUUUUGACAAAAAGGUGCUGAGGUUUGAUGCCUAUUUCCAAGAAGAUGUUUCUAUGUCAACUGAAGAACAUUAUAGGAUUCGUCAGGUGAACAUUUACUACUUCCUAGAAGAUGACAGCAUGUCAGUCAUGGAGCCCACUGUGGAAAACUCUGGGAUCCUUCAAGGCAAGUUGAUCAAACGCCAGCGCCUACCCAAAAAUGACCGCGGAGACCAUUACCACUGGAAAGACCUAAAUCGAGGGAUAAACAUCACAAUUUAUGGCAAAACUUUCCACAUUGUUGAAUGUGACCGAUUCACACAGGAAUUUUUGGAAAGUCAAGGAAUUGAAUUAAAUCCACCUGAGAAGAUGGCUCUCGAUCCUUACACGGAACUCCGGAAGCAACCUCUUCAUCAGUAUGUCACCCCAUCGGACUUUGAUCAGCUUAAGCAGUUUCUCACCUUUGACAAACAAGUACUUCGAUUCUAUGCAAUCUGGGAUGAUACAGACAGCAUGUUUGGUGAAUGUCGGAACUACAUCAUUCAUUACUAUCUUAUGGAUGAUACGGUCGAAAUCCGAGAAGUUCAUGAACGGAAUAAUGGGCGAGAUCCCUUCCCACUCCUGAUGAACCGCCAGCGCAUGCCCAAGGUUUUGGUGGCGAAUGCAGAGAACUUCCCUCAGUGUGUGCUGGAAAUCUCCGAUCAAGAGGUGUCGGAAUGGUAUACUGCCAAAGACUUCAUCGUUGGGAAGCCACUCACUAUCCUUGGGAGAACCUUCUUCAUUUAUGACUGUGAUCCAUUUACUCGACGGUACUACAAAGAAAAGUUCGGAAUCUCUGAUUUGCCCCGUAUUGAUGUGGGCAAGAAGGAACCACCUCGUAUAAAACAGGAAUUACCUCCCUAUAAUGGUUUUGGACCAGUUGAAGACUCUGCUCAGAACUGCUUUGCUCUGGUUCCAAAAGCUCCCAAAAAAGAUGUUAUUAAAAUGCUGAUGAAUGAUAACAAGGUGCUUCGUUAUUUGGCUUCACUGGAAUCCCCCUACCCAGAAGACAAAGACCGCCGAUUUGUCUUCUCGUAUUUUCUAGCCACUGACAUGAUCAGUAUCUUUGAGCCUCCUGUCCGCAAUUCUGGUAUCAUUGGGGGCAAGUUCCUUGGCAGAACAAAAGUGGUCAAACCACACUCUUCGGUGGAAAACCCCGUCUACUAUGGCCCCAGUGACUUCUUCAUUGGCGCUGUGAUUGAAGUGUUUGGCCACCGGUUCAUCAUCCGUGAUACAGACAACUAUGUCUUGAAAUAUAUGGAGAGCAAUGCUGCCCAGUACUCACCAGAAGCACUCUUAUCGAUUCAGAACCAUAUUCGGAAGCGUGAAGCUCCUGCACCAGAACUGGAAAACAAACAAACUGAAGUGGACCCAAGUGUGCAAGAACUGGAAACGUUAAUAGACAUGAUCCAGAAGCAGCUGAAAGAUCAUCCCUGCAGAGACAACAUUCUCGAGGCAUUUCAAGUUUAUGACAAGGAGGCUUCAGGCUUUGUGGACAAAGAAGAUUUCUUCAAAAUCUGUGACUCUCUUAAUGUCCCAGUGGAUGAUUCCUUGAUCAAGGAGCUAAUCAGGAUGUGCUCCCACGGAGAAGACAAGAUCAACUACUACAGCUUCGUCCGUGCGUUCUCCAACUGACCUGGCUGGCGAGAGGAAGCAAUGCCGCUUUGUGAGCUUGGACCUGCACUUUGAAAUAUACCUUGUACUCUGUAUAGAGGCAUUUACAGAGCUCGUGAAA